AUGGCGGACUUACAGCUGAUGCCGAAGAUAUUUUGAAUAUUCUGAUGUGUGUUGUUUAGAUACUUGUCGAACAUCUGUCCUUAAGAAGUGAUCGCGAUGGCACAUUGUGAAAGUUCUCUUCAUCCGUUUACCGUUAGUUGUUCAGGGCAAAACACAGACUUAUAGCUCAUGGCAACGGACAAAGUGUUUACGACGCGAAAUUUUGAGGGCGAAAGGCGUGUUAUUCCGCUGCCGAUUCAGACAUACUUCUGGAGGCAAACAAGUCAACUACUAAAACCAAAACUUGUGAGAAGAAAUUAUGAAUCAGCCUGUUUGUCGUUUGAGAGGAUUAUUUGUGAAAACCGAAUUCAAGAUCUGCAGCCCAGUUUAGCCAGUGCUGUGAAGAGCAUAAACAGAUGGCACCUGAUACAGUCAUCAGUGCCUUACAUUCUUCAGUGCUGCUCCUUGCUUCUUUCGAAUAGGGGACGCUUGGGAAACAUUGAUAGACUUGGCAAUGCAGAACGUGAACUCUUGUUCACUCUUCACUGGAUUUUGUUGGAGGGACCUCGUGUUUGCUGUGUUGUGGACACUGAUAGCUUACUAUACCCUUUGACCACCAUUGAGCAGUUUGUGCACGAACUCACACCUCAUGUGUACCACAUGCGAGAAAGUGACCUGACAUUCAGACUAGAAAAUGGGGUGGCCAUUUGGGGACCCCUCUGGAGACACGAGCAGCCGUCGAUAACACCAUUUACUUGUGAAGUCAUAUCAAAAGAUACCGACCCUGAACAUGGGGGAAAAGGAGGUCAAUCCAGUUCUGCAGAUCAGAGCACAGCAGCUGAUUCAAUUUCAGACUUUUCCGCAGCUACCUUUUUUGAUGUUGCAGUUUUGAAGUGCUUGUUGUCGACGGGGUGGGAUGAAAAUGGUGUCAUGUGGGCUUUGCGUUAUCUCACUGCUUACCUUAAGAAAGAAUUCAACCUUCCUGAUCAAGCAACAAGCAGAGGGACUUCAGAAGAGAUCAGAGAUCAAAUACCAGUUCAAGGGUCUGUAGUAUUAACUGUACCACCAGAUGUUAGCGGCGAAGGAAGCGUGGUUCACGGUAAUGACUGUGUAAAACCAGAUGGGGCAGAAGGGCAGAAGGUAAACAAAGAAGGUAAGGCACGAAGUGGAGGAUCGAGCAGCCAAAGUGCAGCCAACACGCCUGCAACGUGCGUAUGUCAAAUUGGAGAUGUGACCAAUAACAUUACUUCUCAGGAUCAACGAUCAACUGUCACUAACGGUGUACAACUGACAGUUCCUCAAAAAAGUGAAACAACCAAUCCUAGCAUUGAAUUACAGUCUGAAAACCUGAGCACUUUAAAGAUUCCAGAAGGUUUUGACGAAGAAAGAUCACCAGCCCAAGGGCUAGAACGCACAGGCUCCAUCAGACUGAGGAUAAGGGUGCAAUCAUCACCAGGGGGGACAGCAGGGGGGAGAGUGUUGACAGCUGUACCUUCGCCAACUGGGAGCAUGACCCAGCAAGAGGCGAAGACCCUAGUUAGUGACGAUUCUCAAGAUGUCUGCGAGACUAGAACAUUUCAGAAUACCAAAGUUUACAUUAAGCCGUCAAACACCCUUCAAUUACCUGUUGUUGGUGCCGGAAAUACCAAUAAGCAAGACAGUGGCGAUCCAUUAGAUGCUGGAUGUCAUGCAAGGGAUCUUGAAAAUGGAAAUAUGAAUGAUGUCGCCACCAUUGGCUCUUCAGUUAGUUCUACAAAAGAAACAAUUUUGCAAACCAAUGUUGUAGAACCAUCGUACAGCACCUCUUCAAACUACGAUGCUCAACCUGAUCCUUCUCGGAUGUGUACAAGAAUCAAGGAAUCAAAUAAUCAUCAUGUAUCUUUUGAGAGCAUGGUUUCUUAUGAAUGUGAAGUCCAGGAAUUCCAUGGUGGAAUGGUCCAAACUGACGAGGUGACAAAACGCGAGCAGCUGAAGGAUGCUGCAAUUUUCAAGCGUCUCUCAGAGCAUACAAACUCAAGUCACGCAAGCAGCAGUUCAGUUGAAAGCGAAAUACAGCCUUUGCUUAAACCUCCCACCAUGGUGACAACAAACAGAAAAGCCUUAGCUCUGCUGGGUUUAUGUGACAAUCCACGAACACCUGUCAACCGCGACUCGUACACAAAAAUCGACAGGUACUUUGUGUUUCCCGGUGCAGCUGACUACAUCACCAUUGACGGCCGACUGAGCUCUCUAAUGAUCUUGCAAGCUCUGUAUAACAUCACGCGUGAGAAUCCUUCUGCACUAAUCAGUGACUUGACGCUCACCAUUCUGCAGCAGUUAGUUACGAUUCAUCAAAACAAGAAAUCGAAGAAACGAGGCAGUUCUAUUGAAGUCGAUGAUCGGACUGUUGCCGAGACGCACGCUGUGGGAUUCCGAAGCCCUCAUACCGACAACAUCCUUGGUAGACUGCGCGCUAGCUUUUACGGAAGGCCUCCGAGUUUCCUCAGUUUAGCCAUGGGCUGUCUGGUGAGCGUCAUCAAAGCCUUGGGAUGUCCUUUGGGAUGUGGAGAUGGCUGCCGAGGUAACUCUGGUGAUCGACUUCGGAACACAGCAAACAAUCUCCUGACUCAACUCCUUCGAAGCGAAGAAGCUGCAUUCAAAUUGUGGCUCCACCAAUUUGCGAGAUUAGAACCUCCUGAAGACUUAGUAGACUUUCUUCAUGCCCUUUUGGGUUUCUGCGAGGAAGACCAGGAACAAUCUGAUGAUGAGAUGAUGCCUGCCCCCAAGUCAGACAAACCGACGAGAAAGAAGAGUCUUUUUUCCAUGCCAGAAGGUGUCAAUGGCGUCAUUAUUGGUAGCAUUUUUAAGAUCCUACUUAGUAGAGUAGCAGAGAUGAAUUUUCUUGAGCUAAAAAAUUUGACUUUUUAUGGCGAACUCCGGCAGCUUCUGAGGUUUGUAAAAGAGUCUUAUGGAAGCAUAUUCUGGAAAGUUGCCUUGAGUGGACUGAGGGACUCGGCUUAUAAAGAGUCGAAAGACCAACCAGAUGCAGGCAAGACUCCUGGGCUAGAAUCACACACUAAAAGUGUGUCGACUGUCCGGAAAACAUCAGUUGUUAGGAUGAAAGUUGAAAGAACUCCCACGUACAAAACCAAGCGCACAUUUUUAAAGAAGCUCGCUCGGAUCACAACAGAGAGUUCUGAUAGCAGUGGCAGCCUAACACGAAGUCUAAAGUUUUCUUCUGGUAUGGAAACAAGUCCUAUAGAGACAGCGUUGUCACCGAGAAGUAAAAGAAAGAUAUUCACCUGGACCCGGAAGCAAAAAGCAGUUGGCACCCAAUAUGACAGUGAUGAAGACUUGCUGGACGCACCAGACCCUCAAUCAGAACAGCAAUCAAGCUCAAAACGCAAGCUCCUCAAGUCAAAGACUCCCAGUAGAAAGAAAAUAGAGGAUAUCUUUCCAAUAGCAAAGAAAGGAGACCCGACGCCACCCUUGUUGAGUGAAUCUACUCUGCCCAUUGAUAUAGUUUUACAUGAGUUUGAAACCAAACCUGUGGAUGUGGAAGCACUCAGGUCUGGGAUGGUCAGAUUUAGGUUUCUUCUUCAUGGCGGGCAGCCGGGUUCCAUACCAGAUCCAAAGAUUUUGGCUUCCAUGCUGGACUUGGAAGCACCAGCGGUGGCCAGAGCGUGUCUUCUGCUGGAGUGUUGCAUCCUCGUUCACAAAUGCAACCAAGGUGAAUGGCCUCAGUGGUUACGAGGCAGUCUUCCUUCUCUCGCUCAUCGUCGAGGUGGAGUCUCGUCAUCUUCUCCCACGCCAUUCAUGUUCGCCCAGCGUCGCAACCUCGUUGCCAUGAACGAAGCUGGUGUCCUGUUCCGUGAAUGGGGUGUGGCACUGGGCAAGAAACUGGAACAGGUGUUGGCAAAGAAGAGGAGAAAUUUGCUGCCGUCCAUUGACGAGGAGGGUGGAAAGGUUGUCCUUACAGACAUAGAUGAUAUGGAGGAAGACUUCCUCGACGAAGCCACUUUGAGUGAUUCAGUGAAAGUGUGUCCAUAUCCCCUGUUGAUGAUCGCCUGCCAGCUUCUGCUGGAAAUCACAGCCUUCUUACGGGAAAGCCAUGGUCUGUACUCGGUCAGCAAGCCUGCAUCUAGACCCUUGCAUCGUUUUAAUGUUCAAAGGAGACGCCCGAGUGUUACAAGCCACAGACGGUCGAUGGCAUUUUCUCCCGAACUGCAUCAACGUCGUUUGAGUACUGUCAUUGGUGGAGGAGGAGAACGGAUUCGGCGAGCCAGUGCUUGGAGUCAAUCUUCUUUACAAACUGAUUUUCCUUCCAGUCCAAGUCGAACCUUGCAAGAGCCACCCAUGAUUACCGUCUCAGGGACUGAUGCGAACGCUAACAACCCAGACGCUGAUCAAGAAGGAAAGAGUGACCGAACGCGGAAUCGCCACAGUUUGUACUACCCCAGGGUCAAUAAUCAGAACUCACCUAAGACAGCGAAGCGGACAACUAAGCGUGGUGCGCUCGGAGGGGAGGGUGAGUCGGUGAGGUUCAGAUCAAAAUCCACCAAGUGUGAUGCUAAGCAUCUUAGUGUGGACGUGACGAUGUUUGAUGAAGAUGACGAGUCAGACGAUGAAGAUCCAACUCUGAAUUUACCUUGGUUGAAUGCCGUGAUCCAGCUGAACAGCUCGAAUGCAUUCCUGUGUGACCACCUAGGAGUUUGUCCUGUUAACUGCCACCAGCGACAAAGCCGAAGCUGCACACGGAUGGUGAAAUCCCUUAAGGCAGUUUAUGGCACUUUGAACAAGAACGACAAAGCUUCUGAUAAGCAGUCAGGCAGAGUGCAUGGCAUUCAUGGCAGUCCGCUGAUCAGUGCACCCCAAGUGGGUUCUGUGGAACAAGCAACUAAGAAAGACAAGGAGGACACAGAAAUGAUACAAUACAUAUCAUCAAGCCUUGCAAGUUUGACUCACUGUCCAUUCUCAGUGAUUGCUAAGGCUGGUACAGUCAUUGACAAAGGCCAUCUGAUGGAUACCUUGCCUGUAGUCUGGGAACUGCUGCUUGAUGAAGAUCAACAGCUGGUAUCCUCUGUUGCUUCCGUCUUUCUUUUGACCGGCAUUCGUUUGCGAGACACGGUGGAGCAGAUGCUACAUAAAGAACUGACAUGUACUGAUGCCAAUGAAAGAGUCAAGUCUCUUCAAAGAUAUGAGGUUUUGUGGCAAUCCAGGUAUCAUGCUUGGCCUCGACUUGAGGAAGGAGCAAGAGUGAUUCUAAAGGUUCCGCCACCCAAAGUUGAUUUCACUCUUCCCUCCCCCGCCGUUGGUAUGCCUGCGAGUCAACCCCCUGAUUGCCCGUGGGAUGCAAGCCUCAUCCUGGAAGAGCAGCAGGAUAAAAAGAAAAAAGACAAGAAAAAGAUCCGCGACAAUGGCAGUGCUUUGAAGAAGCAACAAGAGCGAUCUGAAUUCUUAUUGCGAGCUGUUCCAGUGUCGAUGGAGACGACCGUUGGUGUAAAUGUUUCCGAGGAUGAAAAAGAGAGAGAUUCUCGCAUGGACUUUUGGCAUUACCAUUUAGAUGGGACAGAAAACUCACAAGAUAUGACGGGAGAAGAAGGUGAAAGUCAGCAAGUAGAAGCGGAGUUAUGGCCUCAAGCUGUGUCAUCAGCCAUUCCUGACAUCAUCAAAAUGAUGGAUGACGUUCUAGUGGAUAGUGACAAAAUAGCUGUGAUGGAAGUCGCCCGACGUCUUGUUUGGAGGUGCUUAGUGGAUGAUCCAGUUCUUUUCUUUAGAAUUAUUUUAGAACAAGUGACCAAGAGGGACAAACAGGAGGAACACAUCUCUCUUCUGAGGAAGCUGCUUCUUUACAUCACAGAACUGCCACAAGCAUCGUCUAGAUUUCUUAUAAACAAUCUGAUCGGUGUUGCUAUGUAUUAUGCAAGAACUAGCAAGCCUGGUUCCCAGGACUCGCUCGCCUUGGUGUUGUCCCUGUUGUGGCAGGCAGUACCAAGCAUGCGCGGAUUUAUGUUCAAAGAUCUCAAGCAGUGUCUACGGAAAGAACAUUGCGAUAACGCUCUUCGUAUCAGCUCUAACGUUCCUGGCGCUAAGAAACUUUGCGUGAUUCUUCCUGAUCAAGAAAACGAAGAAGAGGAGAAAGACCAAGAGAAAACCAAAGAAACAGUUCCUGUUCAUGAUGAAAUGACAUUUGGUAAGGUCCUAGAAGCGUUUAAAGCACGGUAUCAAGACUCCGGCAGUGAAGGCAAAGAGUUGUAUCUCAUUGACAAGAAAUCAGACCAGAUACUCGAGGAGAGAGACCACGUGCGAGAUGUGUACACUCACCGCAAAGGAUUUCCAAGCCCCUUGUUGUUGUUGGACUUUUUAGAUCAAGAAUUGGCGUUCAAUAAGAGACAAGCACAGGCGUUUACAAACAAGAUCGCCGAGAUUGGACGAGUCCUCCUGACGUCAUCUAUUCUUAACGCUUUACCCAAUCAGAAACACAUCUCUUUUCUUCACGGAGAGUUCAGUCGUCAGAUCUCGUUUCCUCGGAAAGCUCUUGAGUGUGAUUUUUCGCUUUAUGCUGGUGGCACUAAGGGAUCAGAACUUGCUGCUCUUGAUGUCAUUCACAAAAGUGUUUGGGUCGAGCUGAUUACAUCACUCUUCCAGUCCAUGUACACGGAUUUCCCGUGGAGCUCUACGGACCUGAAUCUCUUUAUGAACGUCAUCAAUGGCGCCAUUUUGCUCCACUGCGAGGACGGUGCUAUGCUGCGACUUUGCUUGUCUUCGUUAAUAAACAUUGCAGUUCACUUUAGCCACAUAUUUGCUAGUGACGGGUAUCAGCACAUCUUUCCUUCUCUUCUUCAAGUCUAUUCACAUCACCAGUCUAAUAAAGUGGUCACUACUGCUAUUGAGUUUGCGAUGAAGCAGUUCUACAUUUUGCACCAAAAGCCAUGUCUGCUUCAGCUCUUUGCUAGUGUAGCACCAAUACUUCUUAUAGAGACGAGGCCCGAUGGAAAUGAAGAGGAAUCAGAUGCCGAGGAUCUAUCGGGCAAAAUCCCACCCAAAUGUCUGUUUAAUCUGCUGACGUCAUUAGACAAACCGUCACCUGACAGUCUUGAGGUGUUAGACCUGGUGCGAGCCGAGAAGCCACUGAAACCAAUGGAUUCAUGUUACGAAUCGUCAAAUGACCCUCCUGGUGUGAGUCAAAUUGACACUGCAGUCCGCCUGUGCGUAACCGUGGUGAAUUUCGCGCCGGAAUCAGAGAGAGCCGUUCAAAUGGUGGUGGUACUGUCUGCCAUUUUACCUCACUACUUGAAUUACCUCAGAACAGAUAGCAGUGCGCCUGAUAGUGAAGAGAAACUGAAAGCGGAGCUGACAGGACUCACAUCUCUUGUCACUUCCAUGAACGUUCUGAUUAAGAGUUCAGAAGUGCUGACAAGGUUGUUUGUGCACUUUCAGAGCUACAAGGCAUUCUCUGAUAAGUCAGGUAUAUUCCCUGAUCUUGCUUCAACCACGUCACUGAUGUUUGGUCAUGGAAGCAUCAGCAGUACAGAAGCACCCAGCGCAGCUGACGAGGGGGAGUUGGGGAGGCGUCCAUUUCUGGAAAGACUACGGGCUCAGGAGGAGAAAGAUGAGGUAAUGCAGGCAUUAGAGGAGUACCGGAAGCCAAGAGAUGCACUGUUAAUACUGGUGUCAGACUUUAUCCGAAUUUGUGCGCCACGGCUUGAGGAGCUGGAGGCAGCUUCACUGCCACCAAGAUACACUGUCCCUGACCUACUGGACAGCAUCAGUGUUAAUACCCUCGCACAGAUUGUCUACUCGUUGCUGAAGUUGGCAGUUUACGACCACGUGACCUUGUCGUGUCUUGGAGUGAAACGGUACAUGAUGGAUGCCUUACCGCUUUUGAAAGGUUCUCCAGAAGCCCUGGAAGCUUCCAUGUUGCUCAUCCUCAAAAGAGUAGACAAAAUGUUCGAGAAGCUAGUCAACAAACCUGACCUCAUGAGGUGCAUCGACUGGAAAUCUCUGGAGGUUUAUCUUAAAGGACUUUAUUUGACGCUUUGUAAAAGGCCAUCGAUAGCAAACUCCCCGUAUUUGAAGACUCUGGUAAACAUCUGCACCAGUCUCAUUCUCCAAGAACGCGCCACAGCCGCCGUAUCCGUCGCCGCCAAUCUACCAUUCGCGCCAAUUUUGUCUCCGCCCACUUUUUUCGCGGACACUGUCAUCAAACUAGCGUCGCGUCUGAUGCACGUAAUGCAAGAGCAUUGUUCGUUGAGAGAGAUGUGUGGAAACUCGAUUAAUUUGGGCGGAGCUAGCAGAACAGAAAAGGUCUUUGUGCGCCUGAUAUUACCGAUAUGUAUCAGACUCGGGUCCGGACGUUCAGAUGCUCCAAAGGCGUCACUAGAAGACGUCUCCUAUGCACUGAGUUGUUUCCUGUUAACGGUGGCUACGAAGAACCCAUCCACCCCCGGGAUGGGUCCUGUGCGGCUAUCAUUUGUCGAUGAAGACCUGGAACUUCCACGGUCUCUGACCUUUGCAACCCCUCACGAAUCCAAGACAUCAUCCGACGAGAUUUCAGAAAGUUUGUACUGUGCUGCUUAUCUCGGACUGAAGGUGCUCAUGGUUUGCUGCGAGGAUCGUCUGGCGACUGAAUGGUACAGGAUAUAUCAGGCUAUGGAAACUAUUGUGGCGGGGCAGAUAACUAAUGUAGGUUUUUGGGACUUCAUGAAUUUCUGUGUGUCAUACCGGACUCCACUCUUCUUGUUGAUUUGCCCGCUCAUUAGAACAAAGGUCUCUCAUCUCCGUCCCAAAAACAAAACUGAACGUGUUCUUAAACAGAGAGUGCUGACCAAGAUAUCACGGCCACCUCUGGUCGUGAGCUCCCGUAAUGCUCUCAUCACCCGCUUCCUUGAGGAACUGUCCUUCAUCAAACAGAAGCGCCCAGCGGCAGGCUUUCAAGAUAUCGAGGAAGGCGAAGAAGAAGACGUGCAGAAGGAAGAGAAGAAGCCGCUGGUGCUGCAGGCUCCCCCUCUAGGCAGAGAGCGCUCCUCUAGCGCGCCGCAGGAACCAGCAACUGAUUCUAAGGACGCGAAACGCCCGCCACCAAUUACACGCUCUGUCAGUUUGAAAGCUAAAAAGACUGUCUCAUUUUCACCAGCCCCAAGCUUUGAUGAUGAUCGAGGAUCUUCGGCUUCAUCUCUUGGCGAUGUUCGCAGCGGGAAAGAAAAGAGGAAAAAGUGGCUUCUACGUAAACAGGAAACAGUUGAAGAGCAAGACAGUCACAAUGACAAGGAUCUCGUGGAUACUAAGACAGGCCAGGACCCUUUUGCACACCAACGGGGUGCCACAGUAAGGCCUGGAAAAGUGUCCACAGGAAGAGGGCCCCGAAGGCGCUUUGAAAAAAUGCGGGCUGUGACAUCAGAAAGGAAAACAUCAAACCCGUCAGCUGAGGUGGAGACUAAAAUCGAGAGCCCGACCAGCGGAAUUGUGGAGAGUCAAGGCGAGAGAUUUGAAAUGAAGUUUUUCGAGACAGAUAUUUUGGUAACUGACCCUAACAUAGGGGAAGCCCCAGAAAGCAAAGGCUUACGUGCCUCGCUCACGCCCCCAAUUGCGAAACCCGAAUCUGUGACUAUUUCGCUGUCUCCUGACAGUUCACCUUCCAGACGGUCGCCGGCCAGUGAAAUGGAGGAUACAUAUCCAGACAUCUUGGAGUCCUUAAAGCCAUUGCCUCCCAUUCCCCCUGUAAAAUUCACCUCACAAUCGGAUGUGAAGCACGACUCCGAGAACGCAAGGAAUGGAACGAUUGCGCCCGAAAGCAACCUUGCAGCUGAUUACGACGUAGAGCGUGCGCAGCGGCUGAACAAGAAUCGAUGGUGGCACAAAGUUUCUUCCAAUGUUGAAAUAAUCUCCACUGAUGAAGACAGUCAACGUUUACAAAGAUAUGAAAUAUCGCUAUCAGAAGCAUCGGAAGUGCAAAGAGAGACGAACGUGUAACUAGUUAUUAAAUGUAAAAAUAACAGGCCAUGCUCGAUUUCCUUGUUGUUGAAUGUAACUUAAAGUGCACCUAAACCCAAAAAAUUUUUUUCGCUUAACGAAGUAAGCUUACUUUUUUGAGUAUUUCU